CUCCGCCACCCACCAGCUCCCGCACCAGCAGCAGCAGAGCCGCCGCCGGCGCCGCCGCCCACCUUCUGCCGCCGCCACCACAGCCACUUUCUCCUCUCUUUCCUCUACUGUCCUCGCCCUCUGUCGACUAUCAGGUGGGCCUUGACCCAGGAUGGCUGAGCCCCGCCAGGACUUCACCGUGAUGGAUGACCACGCUGGGACGUACGGGACGGGGGACAGGAAAGAUCUCCCCUCUCAGGGGAGCUACACCCUGCUGCAAGACCAAGAGGGUGACGUAGACCAAGGCUUGAAAGAGUCUCCCCUGCAGACCCCCGCUGAUGAUGGAUCUGAGGAACCGGGCUCUGAAACCUCUGAUGCUAAGAGCACGCCAACGGCGGAAGAUGCAACAGCGCCCUUAGUGGAUGAGGGAGCCCCCGGCGAGCAGGCGGCCGCCCAGCCCCACACGGAGAUCCCAGAAGGAACCACAGCUGAAGAAGCGGGCAUUGGAGACACCCCCAACCUGGAAGACCAAGCCGCUGGACAUGUGACUCAAGAACCUGGCAGUGUCAAGGUUGUGCAGGAGAUCGUCCUUGGGGAGCCGGGGCACCAUAGAGGUGAGGCUGCCGCCCCGGGCACCCCGGGUCUGCCCCGCCAGCACGUGUCCUACAUGCCUGAGGGCCCCAUCCUGCCUGAUGGCCCAAGGGAGGCCACACAGCAGCCUUCAGGGACAGAACCAGAGGACACGGAGGGAAGUCGCCGUGAUGUGGAGCUGCUGGAGUACGAGCUAUUGGGAGACCUGCGCCGGGAGGCGCCACCUCUGAAGGGGGACCAUGGCAAAGAGAGGCGGGGGGGCGAGGAUGUCGAUGAAGACCGCGACGUGGACGAGUCCUCGCCCCAGGACUCCCCCCCCUCCCACGUCACCCCAGGUCUGCAGAGCUCCCCAACCCGAGGUGGGCCACCCCCUCAGACAGUUUCCAGAGGAGCCACUGGCUUCCCCGGGUUCCCAGCUGAGGGUGCCAUCCGCCUCCCUGUCGAUUUCCUCUCCAAAGUUUCCAUGGAGACUGAGGCCUCAGAGCCCCCCGGGCUCAGUGCAGGGCCCACGGCGGAAGGGCAGGACACGCCCCCCGAGUUCACCUUCCACGUGGAAAUCACAGCCAACGUGCAGAAGGAGCAGGCACGUUCAGAGGUGGAUUUGGAAGGGCCUGCACUUCCGGGCCCCCCUGGAGAGGAGCAAGAACCCCAGGGCCCUUCUGAGGGAGAGGACACAAAAAAGUCUGACCUUCCAGAACCAUCAGAAAGGCAGCCUGCACCUGUUCUGCCAGGGAAGCAUGUCAGCCGGGUCCCUCAACUCAAAGCUCGCAUGGUCAGUAAAGGCAGAGACGGGACCGGAGCUGACGACAAAAAAGCCAAGACAUCCACACCUUCCUCUGCUAAAACCCUGACAAAUAGGCCUUGCCUUAGCCCCAAACGCCCCACUCCUGGUAGCUCAGACCCUUUGAUCAAACCCUCCAGCCCUGCUGUGUGCCCAGAGUCAUCUUCCUCUCCUAAACACGUCUCUUCUGUCACACCCCGAACUGGCAGUUCUGGAGCAAAGGAGAUGAAAGUCAAGGGGGCGGAUGGUAAAACGGGAACGAAGAUCGCCACGCCCCGGGGAGCGGCCCCUCCAGGCCAGAAAGGCCAGGCCAAUGCCACCAGGAUUCCGGCGAAAACCACGCCCUCCCCAAAGACCCCGCCGGGCACUGCUACCAAGCAAGUGCAGAGAAAACCACCCCCUGCAGGGGCCAAAUCUGAGCGAGGUGAAUCUGGGAAAUCUGGGGAUCGCAGCGGCUACAGCAGCCCCGGCUCCCCAGGAACCCCCGGCAGCCGCUCCCGCACCCCGUCCCUGCCGACCCCGCCCACCCGGGAGCCCAAGAAGGUGGCAGUGGUCCGCACUCCACCCAAGUCGCCAUCUUCAGCCAAGAGCCGCCUGCAGACGGCCCCUGUCCCCAUGCCAGACCUGAAGAACGUCAGAUCCAAGAUCGGCUCCACCGAAAACCUGAAGCACCAGCCAGGAGGUGGGAAGGUGCAGAUAAUUAAUAAGAAGCUGGAUCUUAGCAACGUCCAGUCCAAGUGUGGCUCAAAGGAUAAUAUCAAACACGUGCCAGGAGGCGGCAGUGUGCAAAUAGUGUACAAACCAGUGGACCUGAGCAAGGUGACCUCCAAGUGUGGCUCCUUAGGCAACAUCCAUCACAAGCCAGGAGGCGGCCAGGUGGAGGUAAAAUCUGAGAAGCUGGACUUCAAGGAUAGAGUCCAAUCGAAGAUCGGGUCCCUGGAUAACAUCACCCACGUCCCCGGUGGAGGGAAUAAGAAGAUCGAAACCCACAAGCUGACCUUCCGCGAGAACGCCAAAGCCAAGACAGACCACGGGGCGGAGAUCGUGUACAAGUCGCCCGUGGUGUCCGGGGACACAUCUCCGCGGCACCUCAGCAACGUGUCCUCCACGGGCAGCAUCGACAUGGUGGACUCGCCCCAGCUCGCCACGCUGGCCGACGAAGUGUCCGCCUCCCUGGCCAAGCAGGGUUUGUGAUCAGGCCCCGGGGGCGGUCCAUAAUCGUGGAGAGAAGAGAGAGAGUGUGGGAAAAAAAAGAAUAAUGAUCUGGCCCUUCGCCCUCUGCCCUCCCCCAGCUGCUCCUCGCAGAUCGGUUAAUCGGUUAAUCGGUUCAUCACUUUAACCUGCUUUUGUCGCUCGGCUCCGGCUCGGGACUUCAAAAUCAGUGAUGGGAAAAAGAGCAAAUUUCAGCUUUCCAAAUUGAUGGGUGGGCUGAUGGUAAUAAAAUAUUUUUAAAAACAUUUAA